CACUAAAGAAAGAAAGAGCGCGAGUGUGAUGUGUUUGCGUAUCCUCAGUGUUUUGCUCUCUUGCGUGUUUCAUUUAGUUUAAACAGACUCUUGUUUCUGUGUAUUUUAAUGUUAAGAUGUACUGUGCUGUAAAUCCGUCGGAAGUGAUCUGUCCAUGCUGGAUAUAUUGAUGAUUUCAUCACAAAAAACUCUCAGGUGAAGAAAGAGGUGGCGUUACUGGAGACAAAGCUGAGGUCAAGAGGAGAUUUAACAAUGAAUCGAGAGAAUGUGGAUUGUUGUGAAUCUUCAGUGUAUGUGACUGAUGAUGGAAGGCUGGAUUCAGUGUGGAUGAGCAGAGAUCAGAGCCGCACACCACAGCCACUGCUGGACUCUAAACUCUCUGAAGAGAAAUCCAGACACACACAGGACUCCGAUCUCAGUCUGACUUUACUCUGUUAUACUGAGUCAAAGCCCACAGACACUCAGGACACUACAGUGUGUGACAGUAAACAGAGCUUACAGGAGGAUCAAACCUCCACAGAGUCUCUGGAUUCUGUCUGUAACGCUGGAAAACAGCAGCAGAUCCUGCAGACCAAACUGAAGAUGUGUUCAGUUAAACUCAUCGACUGCACGAACCUCAUGAUGAAGAUUAAAACUGAACCCACAGAAAUCAAAACUGAACCCACAGAAAUCAAAACUGAACCCACAGAAAUCAAAACUGAACCCACAGAAAUCAAAACUGAACCCACAGAAGUCAAAACUGAACCCACAGAAGAGAAAGAUCGCACUGAGGAAGAUGAUGUUUUUAUUUCAUCAGGUAUGUCUCCUCAAUUAUUUUCAAACAUUUUUAACGGUUAUGAGAGCACCUAUUUUGGGGUUUCAGUCAAAAACUCACUAAUCAAAAGACCAAAAAAGUGCUAA